AUGUCUCGGCAGCAUGGGAAUCGACCAAGCCCACACCCUAAAAUGGCUGCCUCCAAGGGGGAACCAGAUCCCCUCGUGCAAAACUAUGCGCACAUUUUGGAACUGAAGCAGCGUCGCAAGGUCGAUGAGCAGCAGUUGCGCCUGAAGCUUGAUAACAAGAAGAUGGACCUCGACUCGUGGUUUCGGACUGACCGAGAAAGGUAUCUCGCCUUGGAGGGGCAUCCUGAACUUCUCAAUGGGAUAGUGAAGCUUUUGAAGGAGGUAAACCAGUUCAAGGCCAGGGAUCUGGACCGCGAAUAUGACGAGGAACUGGCUGCCCUGAGGAAACGGUAUGAAGAAAUGGAGGCCAGCCAGUGGCAGAACGUGUUGAAUAUCGAUGUGCCGCCGCCUUCCACGUCGGGGCCGCCUCCUCUGCCUGCUUCCGAAAGGCCGCAGCCGCCCAUCUUGUCGUCCUCUACCGCCCCGCCUAACAAUCCACAUGGGCCGCUCAUGGCUCCAAGCGUGUCUGGUUAUCCCAGAGGCUUCGUUGGUUCCUCGGAGCCUGUCAGACACGGGCCUCUGACGAUUGCACCACACUACCCCCCGACAAUGCGCUCGUCUUUGGAGCCUCCACCCCAGACCAAUGGGUCGCGAGAACCCCCGGUAUCAUCCAUGCAUGCCCACCCAGCGCCAGUCUCGUCUUCCAUGCGGAAUAUGUACCAUCCCAUGCCACAGAUGGCUCCCCCACAGCCACAGCUAACCAGUAAUGGCCGUCGUAUUCUUCCAGGAGCGCCAACAACAAAUGGCUGGCACAGGAACCCUAGUUAUGGUCCUGCCAUGUACUCUACACCUCCAGGCAGAAUGCCACCGCUCCAUCCGACAUACCCCAAGAGUGAUGGACCCACCAACCCUUCGGCCCAUGAACGCCAGGUUCUGCCUCCGAUCCUCCCCCCUCAGCUGCAUCGUCCUGGUCCGGUGGAGGAAGGACAGCAGCCCAAGAGAAAGGCCACCCUUACCGACUCGGCUCCCCCAGACGUCAAACGAGCCAAGCAAGACCACACACCCAGCAGUGCCGAUCUCGAGCGCGCAACUCCCACCGCGAGUGAGGAUGUCCGUCCGCAGCGGACAGUCCAGUUUAGUGAGGUGUGGGGAGGCGGCAACCCAGAGUACAAGCACAUCAUUAUCCAGUUCCCCGAUGGUGGAGAUUACUACAUCCUUCGCUGCGAGGAGCACGGCGUCAACUUUGGAGAACACCCACUUCGAGGGGCUGCGAAGCAUUUGGCUAGUGCUCAACACGGGAGGAUGUCUAAAGAGCACACGCAGGCUAUCAGAACGCUGGGUUGGAUUGUGGAAGGAUGUGACUUCAAGUUGAUGGAGAUGAACAACAGGAUGGUCAUUGAAGCCUUCAAGAAUGGCUACAAGCCUUUCAACGCCAACCAGCUCAACAAGACUGAACGGGCAAAGAAGGGCUUCCCUCAGCUUGACAAGAAUGGAACCCCCAUGAGCAGCCCCCUGAGCGCAGCCGCCUCCAGACAGCGGAAGGCGGCUUCUGGGAUUGCGAAUCCAGCACCGGCUGGGCUGUAUACAGGAUAUUGUACUGCCGAUCAAAAGCAACACCCUGUUGUGAUUUUGCCGUGGGACGAGGAGAAUCUGAACUCGGCUGGUCUGUUGGAGCUCACCCUCGAGAGCGCUGGCUUGUUUUCCGGUCCGCUUCCAAAGUGUUACGAGUAUGACCGUGAUGACAAGGGUCAAGUGAGGAGGAUCAAAGGAUGGGCCGAAGGGUACGGGAUUGGCGGCCCCCUCUCGCGACUAUUUUCUGUUUCUUCCCUUCUCGCUAACAAUAUGGGUAGGCAAAGCUGGCAACUUGGAUGGAUUGAGGCCAAAUACCUGACUCCUUUUGAUUUUGGCGAUACUUCUGAGAUUCCCCACUCGGCGGUGGCGCGAGAGUACUACGCCAAAACCAUUCGAAAGUACCCAACUUACGAUGAUCUUCGACAAGAUAUGACUGCGAGGGGACAGCCCGUCGGCCCUGCCCAGACCCCAUUGCCAAAGAAAAUGGCGGAUAGCCCGUCUCCGUCCGCAUCCGUGUCUUUUCCGUCUUCGACCGCUGGCUUGGCCACCGCACAGUCGGCGACUUCGCAACCCUUGCAGCAACACGACGUGGAGAUGGCGGAUGUUGGUUCGGAUUCAGACCAAGAAUCUGUUACCAAAUCAAUGUCCAACUCUACCAAUGACAUCGACAUGGCAACUGCUGACAGUCGCCGGACGAGCGUGUCUAAUCCCGACGAAGGCACAGAGACCGAGAAGGAGUUGCCACACCCCAGUGCGCAAGCCAUUGCCGCCCAGGCCCUCAUCAAUCUCGAGACGCCUGCACGGAGCACUGGCUUCACAGCCAUCAACUCACGGAGCGCCGCGUCCAGCGCAGAGCCACCCUCCCGCCAAAGCCCAGUCCCCGGAGCGUCUACCGAAAGAAGGCGAGUGGAGAAAAUCCAUGCCCGGAGUAAGAAUGUGCUUGCCACAACUCAACCAGCGACUCCCAUCGUAUCGCCACAGCCCAUGUCGUCCAUCGUCGUCAACACUGGUGUGGCAAAUGGUCAGAAGCCAGACAGGGCCGAAUCAGCCCCGGUCCACCAGAGUACGACGACGGCCGAGCGAGACCAGGAGCGCGCUCAGAGCGAAUCCCUGACCCCUGCCUCACUGACAACUCCCGCCACACCGGCCUUUGUGUACCACUUGCCGUCUGUUGAGCCUGUUCCACUGCAGCAGCAGGAGUAUCCAACCCCCCUCCCAUCGGCAACCGAGUCCGCGUCAGCCCCAACCGUAUCCCUGGCCAGCGCAAGGGAGACUUCCCCUAGUGCUGGACCUCUGGCAACGCCCUCUGCCAGCGAGGCUUAUGGUGCUAGCGAGUUCCCGGUGAAGACAUCUGUCCCGGUGAUCAAGACAGAAGCGGGCGAAGAGCCGGAAACAUUCACAAUUGGUGCGAUUCGAGCGGGCGACGAAGAAAUAUUCAACUCAAAGAUCGCCGGUACCCUUUUGUCCAUUGAAGACGAUCAUACUACCGGGGUUCUGAAAGCUGUCCCGGGGUCACCAGAAGCUGUCUCGUCUUUCCAGAUCGACCCCAAGCAGAUCAAGACUGCGGCUCGGUCCAUGCGUGGCGAGGGAGGCAGCUGCGAGGUCACGAUCGAGUUCAUUGGGAAUAAAACGCUGACACUGGUGUUUGAAUUGGGUAGGGUCAAUAUUGAAGAACGCCUCGAGUCUGGAAAGAUCCAAGCCAGGAGGUUUUGCCGGCGUCUGUUGGCCUGGAACAAGGCGGUAGAAUGCCCCAGUAUCGCCAACGCUCCGUGA